AUGGGAUCGGACGAUCCCGAGGACCCCACAGAUCCAGCAGCAGUAGCAGCAGCAGCAGCAGAUAUGCAGCAGCAGGAGACACAGGAGGCAGCAGGUGAGGAGACACCCGAAAUUGUCCCCUUGUCUCCUUCCUUAGGUAGUAGGAGUAGCCUAGGAAUUGAAUAUACCCAACACCCUCCAUACUGGGGAUCGGGUGUCUCUUGCCUGGGAUCGAGUGGGAUCGUGUCUACAUGGGAUCAUUUGUACAUGGGAUCGUGUGGGAUCGCCUGGGAUCGUGUGGGGAUCGUGUGGGAUCGCCUGGGAUCGUGUGGGGAUCGUGUGGGAUCGCCUGGGAUCGUGUGGGAUCGCGUGGGAUCGGGAGGGGGCCCCUCAGGACAAGCAGCUGCAGCAAGACUUGCUAUAGCUAGGGCCCUUGUUGAUGCAUGCGAAGAUUGUCAACCAGAGCUAGAGGAAGCAAUGAUGUUAUAUGAAGACACAAGACAAAGAAUGCCUAAAAUGCCGGGAAGAAUGAAGGCAAGAAAACAGAGACAGUGGUCUAAGAGAUAA